AUUACACGCAAAAAAUAAAAUGCAUUAAGUUUUUUCAAAAAUCAUGCUGAAAUUAGACCAAACGGUAAAGUGGUGUGAUCGACCCUGGUGUUGUAGGCGUCCAUAGGCUGUUGUAACCACUUCAGGUCAGGAUGGUGCGAGCGAGUUGUCUGUUGGCGAGCUGCGUGCUCAUCGCGCUUCUGCUGGUGGUGCCGGCAGCAGCUUACCCCAGGUACCCUAGCAACUACUACCGCGACGAAGGUCAGUACGAGCCUGAAGAGAUCAUGGACAUGCUGAACCGCCUCGGAAACCUCAUUCAGAUUGAACGCAAAAUGGAGAACUUUAAAGACGACAUUACUAGUGAGAAGCGAGCCUUGGACCUGGGCCUGAGCCGUGGAUACUCCGGGGCACUGCAAGCCAAGCACCUGAUGGGCCUGGCGGCCGCCAACUACGCUGGAGGGCCCGGCAGGAGGCGACGAGACGCGCACUAAGUUGCCAGACUACUGCUGAGAGUUCUUUUGUGGUGCACAUUAUAAUUUUAGACGAUCAUUUAAUUUUUUGGCCAUUUGUUUAUAAAUGCUAUGUGGUAUCAUUUUAUGGAGGCGUGUGUUAUUGCUAACACUGGUAUCAGGUUCGCCUAAAGACAUUUGACAUGACUUUUUUCAAGUAUCUGUUGAAUAUUAUAACUAUAUUUAGACUAUAAUAAGACCAGUAUUACUUAGUAUACCAGUGUGAAAACAACCUAGAUGUUUUUGAUCGUCGUAUGUUACUAAUUUCUAUGAACUGAACUGAAUCAUGAUAGCACAUGUAUUCAUAAUUUAAGGCACUAACAGAGAAUCAGAAGAUAACCACACCAGCCGUAGGCCAUUAUUUAUAUAAUUAUAUUUUAAUUUAAAAUUAUGUGCACUCGAGAGACUCUUAAUAGAUAUAUCUACAGAUACCUAUAGAUAUCGGCUUAAGAUAUAGAUGCCUUGAAAAUGUGGCUAUUUCAUUCUGCAAAGCAAUAUCGACAAACAAAUGCUUUUGUCUAGUUUUGAUCUGGUAGAUAAUAUAUUUUUUCAUAUGAUUUAAUUUCAUAGUAUCUAAAAUUAUUUUUGCGAAUUGACUGAGAUCGAUGAUGUGUUUAUACCUAAGUAUUCCUAAAAGAAAUCUAUUGCAAGUUUUAAAACGCUUAAAAUUUUAAAGUAAAUUUAUUAGAAUAUAAUCUCUUACUUGUUUAUAAGACAGCUUUUCUUUUUAUACAUAAAUCUUAAUAGUUAUUUAUUCCUAUGGAUGUAUGUGGCAAAUAUUAUCUAGUCAAUAGUAAACUAAGUGAUAAAUACCUCCUGUCUAGAGUUUAUUGUUAAAAAUAAAGAGAUAUUCAUA